UGCAGUAAAUAUUUGGCACCGUCGUCGCAAAAUCAUGGCGCCUUUCUUUAAUCUAAAGAAUCUGCACCACAUAGUGCCGUUGUUCAACGAAAAGAGUUCCAUCAUGGUCGAUCUAAUGCGCGCCGAAGUCGGAGCCGGAGACUUUCCCAUCUGGAAAUAUAUGACGACGUACUCUUUUGAUACUGUUUGCGAAACCGCAGGGGGACAUAAAAUGAAUUCUCAAGAGAACCCAGCCGACCGCAUUUUUCUUGAGUCCAUAAACGAAGUGGCGGAAAUGGUAACGAAGCGCGUGCUGCUACCGUGGCUCCACCCGGACAUCAUCUACAAGAAACUGCCCGAGUACAAGAAGUUUUUGUUUCAUAAGCGUCGGGCUUAUGAUUAUAUAGACGAGGUUAUACAAGAGAAACGCAAGCAAUUUGCAACUGGCGGGUUAAAAGACAGUAAGUCCAGCAAGGCAUUGUACAUACCAUUAUUAAAUUAG